GUUUAUCAGUGCAUUACAGACAAUAAUGAACUUUAUCACAAAAUGCUAAUUUUUUGAGAAGGACCUGUAGUCCCAGGUCUGUAUAUGGAUGCUUGAGUGGUUUGAAGUUUUUUAUGCAUAAAUUCCCUCCAAAUGUGAAACUCUGAGGGGUUAGACAUGUCGUUUGUAAAUCUUCGUCGUUGCUGAUCCUGGUUGAUCCGACCCUGAUGCAUCCUGAUCCCACGAGGAUUAAAUCCAUAGGCUUGCCACAAAAUCCCCUCUUUUGUGCCUUUUGUUUGUCGACUCUUGACUUGGUUUCACUUUGAGUGUGGCGAGUGAGCGUGUGUGUCUGAGUGAGAACAGACCUCGGGUUUUCUCAAACCCCUCUCCCUGUAAAGGACAUCUCUUAUUUUGUACCAUCCUUAAAAACCUAUCAAUGGAAACUCUCGUUAAACUCCAAAGCAACCCGUUCUUGUUGUCUCUGUGCCGCAGCGGGCCCCCGCCAGACCUCCAGUAUGACAACUCUUCAGAGCUCUUCAGAAUUUCCACUUUUGCUCGAUUCCCUUCGUCUCCCGUCACAGAGAGGAGUCUGGCGAGAGCGGGUUGGUUCUACACCGGCGUGGGCGACCGCGUGCAGUGUUUCCGGUGCAACGUGACGGCCGAGGGCUGGCUGGCUGGCGACUGUCCCUCUGAGAAACACAAACAGCUCUCUCCAAAUUGCUCCUUCAUCCAGAGCCUCCCAUCUACCACCAAUCUGCUCUCGUCCUCUCAUUCAGCCUUUUCUCCCCUCCGCAUCGCCCCGGCUCUACCACUUUCUGGUCCAGGCCCGGCUGCUCCUAACCCCUCAGCAGGCCAAAGCGAAGAGGCAGUAGGUUUCUUAAGCACAGCAUUCACUGUGCCUCCUCCCUCCAGCCCGCUGACCUCCCGCGGCGUAGAGGACAUGUCCCACCAGAGACCAACGUGCCAUAAUCCCAGCAUGCGUAGAGAGCAGGACCGCCUGGACUCCUUUCACUCCUGGACGCUCACUAUCAUCACUCCUGCAGAGCUCGCCAAGGCAGGUUUCUACUACCUAGGCCAAGGGGACAGAGUGGCCUGCUUUAGCUGCGGUGGACACCUGAGUAACUGGGAGCCGGGCGACAGAGCUGUGUCUGAGCACCAGAGGCAUUACCCAAACUGCCGCUUCAUUCGUGGGGACAGAGCCGACAACGUGUCCCUGGCCGGUGCUGCAGCAACCGCCAAUUUAGGAGUAACGCCUCAGAUCUCUGCUGGAGCACCUACUCUCACCAACGUGUCCAACCCAUCCAUGCAGCAGAGCGAGGAGAGGUUGUUGACGUUUGUCAACUGGCCUUCUCGUAUUCCCGUGCGGCCUGAACAGCUGGCGAAAGCCGGAUUCUACUAUGUGGGGAGAAACGAUGAUGUGAAGUGUUUCUGUUGCGACGGAGGCCUGCGGUGCUGGGAGUCUGGAGACGAUCCAUGGGUGGAACAUGCAAAAUGGUUUCCUCGGUGUGAAUAUUUGCUUCAGGAAAAAGGACAAGAGUUCGUUCACCAGAUCCAGGCUCGAUUUCCUCGGUUGUUUGAGCAGCUUUUAACAAAUGGAGACAACUCCAGAGAGUUCAUGGAUCCUCCUGUGGUGCACCUGGGUCCAGGUGAGGAGCGGUCUGAGGACGCCGUCAUGAUGAACACCCCCGUCAUUAAGUCUGCUUUAGAGAUGGGCUUUGAGCGGAGUCUAGUCAAGCAAACGGUCCAGAGCAAGAUCCUGACGAGUGGGGAGAACUACAGAACCGUCCAGGAGCUGGUCUCAGACCUGCUGAGCGCUGAAGACCAGAAGAGGGAAGAGGAGCGAGAGAUGUUGGCAGAAGCGAUGGCGUCAGAUGGGUUCACUUUUGUCAAGAGACACCAGGCGGCUUUGGUCCAGCGUCUGAAGAGUGUCGAGCCGGUGUUGGAGCAUCUAAGGGAGCAGAAUGUGUUGUCUGCAGAGGAAUACAGCGGUCUGAUGGCGCAGACUUCGGCUCAGCAGCAAACUGCCAGGCUGAUCGAGCUCGUUCUCACUAAAGGAAACGCCGCUGCUGAGGUGUUCCGCAACUGGAUCCAGAAAAACGACGUCCAUCUGCUCAGAGACCUCAUGGCUCAGUCAAAUGAAGCUUCUUCACCGAGCCAAGAUCUUUCAGACCUACCCAUGGAGGAGCAGCUGCGCCGCCUGCAGGAGGAGCGCACCUGCAAGGUGUGUAUGGACAAAGAGGUCAACAUCGUCUUCAUCCCUUGUGGACAUCUGGUGGUGUGCAAAGAGUGUGCACCCUCCCUGAGGAAGUGCCCUAUCUGCAGAGGUCUGGUUAAAGGCACGGUCCGAACCUUCCUCUCAUAACCAACAGGCUGCUGUGACCAAAGGGCAACAUGCUACACGCAUUCGUGUUUUAUAGACUUUUUAAUCUAGAACUAGAAACUCAAAAGGUUUUUAAUCUCAAGUAUGGUAAACAAUUGGUAUCUUUAAAUAUUAAAGUGGUCAUUUAGAUCUGUAGAGAUACUUUGUGGUUUCAAGUUAUACCAGUGAACUAGUCGUCUAACAUGCCUCAGCUCAAUACCAUUUCAGUUAAUUCCUGCAAGAUAAACAUGUUUUAUGCUAAAAUGCCACUUUCUUCAUUAAGUACAGAAUAAAGUGUUCUGUGUUCUAGCCACUUCUGGUUGAUAAUGGCCUUUUUGUCCCAGGUUUUGGACAAACAAUAUUGGACAAAUUGAAUGUAAUCUGGUAAAACUGUUAUGGGUUACCAGGUAGGAAAUAAAGUUCUCAAACACAA